AACAAUCAGCUUGUCGAAUGCAACACAGUACGCCUUUGAUAGCAGACUUAGGACGGUAAAACGCUAGAGUUCCCACGUCAUGACUCAGGCCGUGCGUAUCCGACAGUCCUUUUUUGAAUGGAGCAAUGUGGCCUGCUGAGCAAACCGGAGAUACCAAAGGUCGCUACAACGGAUUCAAUGCAGGGGAAGAAGGGUAAGGUCAUACUCUACGAUUGCGUCGUUUCAAACGUCGACCAUCUCUCUGAUCUGGGGUUUUCUAUCGAGGACCACAGUUGGGCAGUUGGUUCUAGGGUAUUUUUCCCGAUCAUCCUUCAAAUUCAAGCUCCUCUUCCCUUGCCAGAACCGACAAGCAACAGACCUCCUAACGUGAUAGUAUGGCUAGACAUAAGCCAAUUACAUUCCAGAGGUGUCCUCGUCUCCGACUCGACGUGAUCCUGCCUACGGAGAGCUGACACAACUAGAGUUCCAGGCACAGGUGAGCCUACGAAACGGGCGUCUUUAUCAAGGGUAUGAUUGGUGGUCCAACUACAGGAGUAAAGAACGUCGCAAAUAUAUGGCAUUAAGUUAGAUUGCUGCCGUAUGAAGGGAGAUUCAUAUCCGUUUUCACUGAUUCUCGCAUCGAUCUCGAUAAAACGGAGCAGUGGCUAGAUUUCGAUCCCUCGGGCAAUAAAGACACUGAACUAGCUACAGUCAAA